AUGGCCAACUUUCUGUCGCUACGGCUUCGUGUCAUUCUUUUUCUUUGCUUCUUGUCAGUCUCUACGGUCUCUUGUUUCAAAUUCGAUAACACCGCAAUCCACCUACAUCAGGGGUUUAAACGUGGCACCAAUCUCAAUUACGGCGGCGAUGUAGGCACGCAGCCUCAGCCCAGCCAGGCAAAGCCUCUAUUCCGACGACAGCCCAGGAAACGGUCUCCUGUACCCCGCUACCCAGAACCUGUCAUCCCAUCGCGCAAAGACGAUGACGCAUGGUCGGUCAGGGUGGAGGAGCCGGACAUGCUGUACAUGAAUCUGGGUCCCGCUUUUGAUCUCUCCAACUGCGUGUUCUGUCCGACUCAGAACGACGGAACUGCCCUCGACGAAACGGAUUCGGAGGCUAUUCUCAAACACAUGACUGCCCAGACCUUCCUUCGAUAUAUCAAAGGAGACAAGGCAGCUCUUACCGAUACGUGUGUCUUCUAUUCCAAAGGCGUCACUACUGCUGGAGCAGCUACUGGUUUGUCCGUUGCUGCCACCGAAUGGGCGUGCGGAGAGUCUCAGAAGGACCGGUACACAAUCUGGAAUCUGUUCCCAAACAGCCUUGAUGCAUCUAGCCACGCGGGCGUCCGGGACUUUUACGCCAUGUUUACGCCCGGAAGCUGGCUGGAUCCUGUCAGGAAAAAGCAAGAAGAAUUCGAGGCGACGAAACCUCCCGGAAUAGUGCCGCCGAGCAUCAGGUAUUUCCAGCAAAUGUCGCAGUCCAUGGCUGAAGCAUGCUACGGAGACAUCAUCAUCAUGACGGAGACGCCGUCCGAGCUUGCCCUCUACGAGCCAGGUAAGAAGUACCAGGACGCACGCUUCAACAACAUCUUCUGGUCUCACGAGCGGCCCGUCCUCCAGCGAAAGGUGAGGGCGGGAGAGGCAAAGCUCUAUGCACUGGACUCCAACACCAAAGAAGCCUGGGAAGUUACAAACAUCAACACGUUCGAGCUUGGCCCUUCAAGAAAGUUUAGACGAGAUCUGGAAUCGGGUAACGAGACGUCUGAUGUCGUUGGACGGUCAAGAUUACAGGCCCGGGCCAACAUGUGCCAGAGCAACGGAAUCGCUUCUCAGGGAUUUGGCCAGGACUGGUUUGGAUCCUACGGAAGCAAUGGGUGGUAG